UGAUCUAUCAUCUACAUUAUCUGUGGUAUAACCUAAAAAUGGACCCUAGUUUUUGAUUGUAUUUAUUUUAGGGAAAAUAUCGAAAAAUGAGUUUAUUUAUCAAACACUGUCGUCCUGGCUGCAUUUCGACCACAUAUAAUACAAAAAUAUGGCGUUUAAAUUCCACUACGGCGGAUACAGCGCUCAAAAAAGGCGAGGAAGAGGAGGAAUUCCGGGUUCUAGAUAUUUUGAAAAAGAAAGAUCGUCAACAGAGAAAAGUCGCAAGAAGAACCGACAUACAGCCAGAUAGAGCCGAUAGGAUGGCACCAGACCAGAACUGGGGUAACGUCUGGCCAGGUCCGAAGACAUUCCAUCCGUCUUCUGUACCCCUCCCACUAAGACAAGGCUAUGUCCCAAAAGGCCAAUCACCACCAGGCAAGAAAGCGAACGCAGAACUCAUGAAAGUGCCAAACUUCCUGCAUUUAACACCACCAGUUAUAAAAAGCCAGUGUGAAGCGCUGAAACAAUUUUGCACGGAAUGGCCAAAGCUUUUGAAUUCCGAAGAGAGUAUUGAAAAGCACUACCCAAUGGAGGUCAUAACAUCAGAUUAUUGUCAUGCCAGUCCAUCUAUAAGAAACCCUUUGGCUAGGGUUGUCACUCUGCGUCUAAAAUUGUCUUCUUUAGAGUUAGACAAGCAUGCCAGAGACAAGUUUAUACGGUUGGUCGGAGAGAGAUAUGAUGAUCAGACAGAUAUAGUGACUAUAACGGCAGAUAGGUGCCCAUUGCGCGGGCAGAAUACUGAUUAUGUGAACUAUCUUCUGACUGCAUGCUAUCACGAGUCCUGGAAUUUUGAGGAGUGGGAGAAGGAAAAGAUGGAAGAGGACAUGGAAUAUUAUGAUUACGAUAAAAAUGCUUCGAAAAAGAGUUUGAUUGAUUGGUACCAUAGAGUUCGAAAUGAGCAGAAAGAGUUGAGCAAGGAUGAUUAUGUUGUCUAUGAUGUUAAGGAGAUACCCAAUGGGGAGGAGUAUAAGACGGCUGUAUCGAAUUUGAUGAAUCAAGGCGAGAGUGAGGAGACUUGGCGGAGUUAUGAUGUAGCUGUAAGAAACUUGUUUGGUUUACCGCAGAAGGUUAUUUAAGUUUGUAAAAAUAAAUGUAGUGUUAUAAUAUUUGUUUUAUUGUAGAAAA